CGGCGCGCGCGGCGAGGAGGCGCGAGCGGCUCUAGGCAUGGAGCGGAACGGGCCGUUUCUCAGCACAGAGCGCACGAGCGGCGGCAGCAGCACUAACGGAAAGUUCGCGAGCGGUGAUGUCGCGUGUUCGCGCCUCCACUCCGAGAACGCGUGAGCACUUUUAAAAGGACCGCGUCGGGAGGCGAACCUCACUCACCUCCUGAGGACACGAGGAGACGCAGGGAUGCGUGCAUCAUAGUGCUGUAGCGACGAUUUAAAAGCUUCAAGCCUUCAUCGCAUUGAAUCGUUGGGCAAACUGGACAUUUCUAGUAGAGUCCCCGCGCUGCUCGUUCUGAGGAAACGCUUGAGAAGACGAGAAAAGAGGAGCACACCGACCGAGGACUUUUUUUUUCCGGAGACGCGAGGCUUGAAACACACACCGGCGUUUCGGUUUUGCAUCCCCAGGCGCUGAUGACACACAGCAGCAUCCAUCCAUGUGAACAAAGUAUGGGAUACCCUCUUUUGACUGGGAAGGAUUGCCCGGGGUCCGAGGGAAGUGUGCGCUCUCUUAUUUAAGGCGGCUCAAGUUUAAAUGAAGUUUUCGGGGAAGAGAAUGGGCUCGAAAGACAAGCCGGUGCUGUGUGUGAGUCGAGUGUGAAGAAGAAGGAGCCGAGAGCCGCCCGGCUGCUGCAGCGGCGGAGGAGACACAGAGCCGCGGAGACACAGCAUGGCUUUUCCGGACUACAGGAGCGCUUCGAGGAGCACCGGCAGAGCGCACCGCUGCCCGGCCUGACGACACCCGAACCCGGCUCGGAGUCUACAGCCACUCAGCGUAAUAAGGAGGAGUACUUUCGCUUGAAAAAAGUGGCGCGUCUGAAGUCCGCCUUGUCGAGCGUUCCGAAAACGCGGCUCUCCAGAUAACGUUUACAGCCGGAGAACGCGGUCGUUUUCGCAAGCCAGGAAAGAAAGAAAGAGUGUCUGAGGCCGCAGGCCAGCGGCGGGCUCCCUCAUGCGUGUGCCGGAAUUUGGAGUCACGUCGCCUUACGAUAUUUUGAACCAACAGUAGCAUUUAGUCGGGUGAAAAACGGUGUCAGACCAAACUGUAGACUCAGAAAGAGCCCCGUUUUUGCUGCCCCGCGGACAUGAACGGUUGGUGUCACCAAAUGGAGUUUUCUCUCGUGGCCGUGGUGGUGGCCCUCGUGUCGUGGGUGUCCGUGUGGGCGGACGACAGCAAGGUGAUCUCGGACCGGUACGCGAUCUACUGGAACAGCACGAACCCCAGGUUCCUGCAUGGGGAGUACACCGUGGAGGUGAGCAUCAACGACUACCUUGACAUCUACUGCCCGCACUACGAGGACCCGCUGCCCCAGGAGCGCAUGGAGCGCUACAUCCUUUUCAUGGUCAACUACGAUGGCUACACUACCUGCGACCACCGCAUGAAGGGCUUCAAGCGCUGGGAGUGCAACCGGCCCCAGAGCCCCAACGGACCCCUCAAGUUCUCCGAGAAGUUCCAGCUCUUCACCCCCUUCUCGCUCGGGUUCGAGUUUCGCCCAGGGCACGAGUACUACUACAUCUCAUCUCCGCACCCGAACCUGGUUGGGAAGCCCUGCUUGAAGCUGAAAGUGUAUGUCAAACCAACAAACGAUUCUGUAUACGAGUCCCCAGAACCGUUCCUGACGGACGACAGCACGGGCAGCUGCUGCGUGGCCGCCCCGUGCCUCACGCUCAUGCUGGCCAUGCUGCUGAUGCUGUUGGUGUCCUCAUAGCAGCGCUGACACCCUCCCUUGUCCCCCCCCCCUACCCCCGGUCACUCCCACCCCCCAGCGACCAUCUGGACAACGCGAGCCUUCACCGAUCACGCUCACUGGAAGCCUGCCGCGAGACCGCUGACACUGACGCUCCUGUCGGCCCUUGACCUCUGCGCUGGCCAGUGCCUCUGGGCGAAGGUGGAGUGCGGGCAUUAGGGACAGAGCUGGAGUUCCCAGCAGGCCGUGCCCGGCAUUUAUGCUCUCGUCUUGUUGAUGGAUAGCUGUGCGAUUCAGCUAGAAAUAUGACUCAUUUCAGCUUAAAGGUUUUUCCCCUCUCAUCUAGAAUGAAUCGACUCAUGGCGCCGACGUGAUCCUUUCUUCCCUUCCCUCCCCACCAUCUGCAUCCCUCUCACUUCACUGAGGGUUCUUUAAACAAACACCUACAUUUUAGUUUCUUUUGUGGUAACGUUUUAAUUAGGGCACCUCUGCGUCCACCUCCGGUGUAGUUCUGUUCCUGAGUACAGUACCUUCGUUUUACGUGUUUGCUCCCGACUGAACACGGGGCAGGUGUACAACCCAUUUCCCCUACCCGCUCGCUGAAAUGUCCCCAUUCAAUUUGAACAUUAGCCAUCCAGAAUACUAGAGGCAUUUUUUUAAACGUAAAUCUGCCAAAGACACCCACUUAGUUUUACUUUUUUAUGCGGGGUGGGGGUGUUUUGACUUUGGACAAUAGUCAUAUUUAGCCGGAGAGCUCUGUGCGGACUUUCAGAAUCAUGGCACAGGGAUGGCGAAAGUGGAAGGACAAUUUUUUUUUUUUUUGAUAAUCUUUUUUCAUAUAAA